UGGAGGAAGGAGGGCGGGAGAUGCUCACAGAAAUGUCUUUUUUUUUUUUUUUUUUUUUCCCUUCCCCAUAACUAAUCUUGGGAAUCCUACACAAAAGCACAAUCUGCUGUGGUCUCCUCAGUGCAGCACAGAGGCAGUUGGUGUUCCUCACAUCCUUUUUUCCUAUCUCCUGUCUUUUCACUUUGCUGCCUUGUGGACGAGGGUGAGCACUGGGAUCUCUGAUAACCACGUUAUCAGAGUUAUCAUCAGUAUCAUCGGUGUUGCAUUGCCAUGUCGUCCAUGUGCCCACGUUUAGCCUUCGUGCUCCUCUUCGGCUUUUGGAGCUGGAGCUGCUCUACUAUGGCACUCCCUUUCAACAUGUCCAUGGAGGGAAGUGGAGACGACCGUGAAUUGAUUUUCCCGACGGCCCGUAGCACCAACGUACCUCCGCCGUCCCCCACACCGAUUCUCAGCAUCACCACCACCUUUAUCCGCAUCAAACACUUUCUGUUUCACGAGGUGGUGGACUUCCUGCGUGACAAUAUGCUCCUCAUUAUCGUGGUGAUGUCACUGCUCAUCGUCAUCAUCUUUAUUGCCUGUUGUGCCUCGGCCAUGAGCCACAAGCGCAAACUCGAGGCUUACUAUCCACCCAAGAAGCAUGCCCCCCGGAAGUACAUGAGCGUUCCAAGCAAGGGGGUGGAACAAAGACUGACAGAGCCCCGCAGUGUUACCACAAGCUACCUGCGCGCUCCGACCAAAGCUCUUGUGGGUGAAAAGGAUGGCAAGGAUCCUAGACCAAAACCGAAGGAGGUGCAGAUAGUGGAAGAUGUGGAGGAGGUAGAGGUGCAGAAGGAGGAAGAAAAGAAGAAGAAUAAGGAGGAGCCCAAGCCGAGCACGUCCACAGCAAGCAAUGGCCAGGCACCUGUGUGUACUUGCCACCUGAGAAAAGCAAACCAAGCCUCACAUUAAGAAGACAGGUUGGUGAAGAAUUGCUUUGGAUUUGCUGGGAAUAAAUCCGGUUCUGAUGCGUCUUUCAUUGGAUGGAGGUCGUCUACUUCUCGGAUGCCAGUUUUUCAACCUUGUACCAAUUUGUUGAGCUGAAUUUAAAGGGGAUCAGAUUAAACUUUCUUGAUAUGAGCAAAAGCGUUGUUAGGUCCAUUUUCAUUACAAAAAAGUUCUCAGCUUCCUGGUGUGCUCAUCGUGCCAGUGGUUAUAAUUAUUAAUAAUUUAUUGCUACACCGCAUUGAAUGCUUUGUAUUAAUUAUCACAAGAACAGCGCUCUUUUUUUUCCAGACUUGUCAUAUAUCUUAAAAUGUGUGUUAACAAAAAUAAUAAAAUCGCAGUAAUGUUUAUUUUUUAAUGUGAAGGCCUGUGAUACAAAAAUGAAUGGCUAAAUUUCUGUAUUUAGAUAUUGUUUUCUCUGAGGUGUUUAACAUGGAAUAAAUUAAAAAGGGUUUUAGUGGGGAAGUCUGGCUAUUGUAAAACCAUGGGGUUCCUCUUAUUAACAUUUGUUUAUUUGUAAUUUAAAUAUUAAUGAACUACACAUUGUAAAUAUUUAUCCAUUAAUAAAUACAGGGAUUCAUUUGGUUAUAAAACAUUGUUCCCUCAAUAUUUAUCUAUUUUUCUCCCUGUUAAACCAAAGGUUUGUAACCCCUUACAUACAAGACCAAAAGAACCCUGACUGUUACAAAGUGCUGACACUGGAGACUCCUUCCAAAAAAAAAAAAAGUAAGUCUCCGUACAGUAAACCUUGCAAAAGUGUUUUUUUGUUUGUUUGUUUUCUUUUUACUUGUAGCCUCAUAACAUCACCGGAAGUGUCCGCUAUAGACAGCCCUGUGAAUGGGUUGCUAACUAUGUGUUUUGCAGCUGGUGAACUUACUGUCAGUGCUUACGAUCAAUUCUGACCAAUCAGAAUAAAACAAUUCAAGAUUGUUGUGGUGUAAAUUAGUCUAAAGCAAUGUGUAAUUUGAAGACCAUUAUGCUUUUAAAACAUGCGCUUCGGUGAAUAUGUGCACAAGAAUUGGACAGUGAAUGACUGAAAGAACAUUCUGUCUGUAGAUGAGUCCAAAUGUGACAUUUUUGGCUCUAACAGAAGAACUUCUUUAAGAUGGAGAACAGGAGAGAAGAUGUAAGCAGACCACCUCACCCCCCACAGUCAAACAUAGAGGUGGAAGCCUAAUAAUUUGGGGUUGUUGUGGAGAAGGGAAGAUUGAAGACUUAUUCUGGGUGAAAGGAAUCCUGAACCAACAUGGCUACCAUUCCAUACUUCAACACCAUGAAAUUCCAUCUAGACCACGUCUAAUUGGAACCGACUUCACUGUACAGCGAGACAAUGUCCCGAAGCAUACGUCCAAGCUCUGUAAGAGUUAGCUAGAGAGCAAACAGUCAGCUGAAGUGAUAUCUAUCAUGGAACAUCCCAGUCACUGCAUCUAAAUCAUAUUGUUUUGGGAUCCCAAGCAAGAAAUCUCCAACUGGUGAAGAAAAUCUUUGGCAAGUUUCACAAGAGGUAUUAGGGCUGAAAGUUGACUGUCCAAAUGACAUGGGUGUAUAAUGCUUAUUAAUAUUUAUGCUAACGGAGGAUUUCUUUAUGGAAAAAAUGUAAAUCGUGUACAUUAAAACAAUUUUUUUGGCAAAAGUAAACUUUCAUACUGUUAAUUGACAGUUGGAAAAUGCAUUUGUCUCUCCAUAGAACCAUAAAAGACUAGAUGUUUUAAUACUCUAUGAUGGUGUAUGUGUUGGAUUGUAUCUUGGACUCAAGGAUAUAAACCACCUUGGGUUUGGUACAUAUACAUAUUUAUUUCUCUAUAAUAGUAAAAAUAAUAUUCUUGUGUCAGUGUUCUUGUUUGCAUCAGUGCCUUUUCAUUGAAUAUUUGUUGUAUUGAAAAUCUUGGUGGCUUUUAGCAACUGCUUGGAUUAUGUGUUAUUUCAAUUGUAAGUAUACUUUAUAAUACAUGUCACAUUAAAUCAUUUUGUUG